CAUCACCUCUAUUGUUCGGGCUAAAAGACUCGUGCUCUUUCUCCUCCCCUUUGGCGAUCAGCCUUGACCACCAGCAACACACGCGGCACACGGCCACAGACGUGCUGAGCCAAGCCCAUCAGUAUAGUGGUAGACGGUUGCAACAAUCGGCUCGCCUUCCUAUCAUAGCAUCCGCACAACGCUGAACGAUCUGGCUGCAUUUUGGUGACCAGCGCUUCAGUACAGCUACUUGGGCGCAAUGCGACUUUCAUCUGUCCCCUUGCUUGGGUCGUGAGCCAAGCGCGCGACUCGUUUUUUUAGACGGCAGCAAUAGAUAUGAUGGCCCAGGCACAGCCACCUCAGCAACAGCCCUCACUUCAAGUGUUCCUGUGGCUGGGGGCUGGUCAGCAACGAGCGGACGGGCGGAUUCAGUACUCGAGCUUCCGCCUCAACUCCACCGAUUACCGCGUGGGCGACUGCGUGUUUCUAUUCCCCGAGGAUGAGAGCUACCCACCCUACGUUGCCCGCAUCCUGUCGGCCUUCGUAGACACCCAGGUGCAGGAGGGCAGUGACCCGCACUGCAUAGAGGUCAAGUGGUUUGAGCGGCGCGUGAACCUGGAGCCGACCACCAAGGGCAUCGAGGAGAGCGAGCGGGAGGUGUUCGAGCUGGAGGACACGGACGUCAACCCCAUCGGCUGCAUCUCCGGCAAGUGCCGAAUCGUCAAGGCGCACAACUACGAGGAGGCCCGCCUGCGCCGCUCCGCCGCUGCCACUGGCGGCAGUGGGGGAGGCGCGGGUGGCGCUGAGGCGGCGGGGGCGGGUCUGGGGCCCUCCGGCCCCGGCCCUUCCUCUGCAGACCCCUGGUUCUUCUGCAGGGGCUACUUCCAGCAGACCACCAACAGCUUCGUGGCGUACACACCUGACGAGAUGGCCCGGCCGGACGUGGCCCUGGACGUGGGGCUGGUGGACACGGCCGCACACGCACACGGAGCCGGAGCCGGAGCCGGACACCUGGCGGGGCUGGCCGGGCCGGGGCUGGGCGGGGGCGGGGCCGGCCUGAGCGAGCAGCCGCCCACGCCGACGCGGUUACGGGGACCCAACACAGCCGCCGGCAGCGGGCCGGUGUGGGGUCUGCCCCACGGCCACGCCGGCAAGGCCGCCGCGCUUCACUCCAGCCACCACUCGCAGCACCCACACGCCGGCAGCGGCGCGGACCCGCACCACAUGGCUGACCCCGGGGAGGCGGGCGUGUGCUGGGGGGCGGCGGGGCUGGACGGCGAGGGCGGAGACGGCGGCGCCGGGCCGGAGGACGAUGAAGAGUAUUCGGACCCAGACAACAACCACAACGACAACAGGGGCGGAGGAGGCGGUGGAGCGGGGGCAGGGGCAGGCGGCCGUAACCACCACUAUGCCGGAGGCGCCAGCGGCGGCGGGCGGGCUCGGGCGGCGGGCGGGCACCACGCGGCUCCGGCGCAGCAGCAGCCGUCCUCUAAGAAGCAGAAGGCCACGGGGCGGACGUGUCUGGAGUGUGGAGCCACCACCACGCCGCAGUGGCGGGAAGGCCCCAUGGGACCCAAGACGCUGUGCAACGCUUGCGGCGUGCGCUACGUGCGCUCGCAGCAGAAGGCGGCGGGGCAAAAGCGCGGCGGGCAUAAGAACGGGCAGAAGACGGACGCCGCCCGCGGUCAGGGGGCCCGGACAAAACGGAAGCCCCACCACGGUGGCGGGAGUAGCGGCGAGGACUAAGCAAUAUCGCACCGUGCCCCGCACUGCGGGCUGGGCCGGCCUUUCAGCUGGCAGACUCGCCUGGCGGACGCACAACACCCUGGACGUGACUGGGAUGACGCAGGAGGCUGUACGGUGGGGGCAGCAGACUGGAAAUGACGGCCUCGCAUGUUGUUAUGCUUGCGAGCGGCGACGUGGACUCGGAACGGGCGCGACUGGUGCCAGAGCAUGGGAGGUGAAGGGGCCAUGCAGGAAGGAGGCAGUAGCAGCUUAGAGACACCGGGAGCUUCCGCGUUGUUUGCCAGCAAACUCGCGUGACUACUACACUUGUUUGUAUUAUAUGUUGUGACUGCGGGAAUGGGGUUUGCGCAAUAGGAUACGGCCGGGAGGUGCCGAGGCUCCUAGUGGUGCUGGCCUGGGAGGUUGAAAUGCCGUCCCCGCUGUGUGUUGAAAAAUGGAUAGCGGUAGGCUCGAAUGGGCUAGGACGCCGUGGUGCGCGGCGCAGACGCAAAUGGGAAUCGAUGCAGCGCAUGCACGCGCACAUUAAUGCCCC